GUGCCGUACCAUGUUUUAUUUCCAAAAGCAAAGCCCAUCUCCAACAGAUGGGGUUGGAGUGGAUAGACAAAUGAGCCCAUAUCUGCUUGUCGAUGAUGAAGGCUUGGUGCCUGAAGAAUAUGUGUCCUUAGUCCCUGAAGAGAUGAUCCCUGUGGCUUUGGAAGCAGAAGUGGAAGAAUCUAUGGCAAUGGAGGAAGGGAAGGAAGUCAUUUGGUUUUAUGUACCACCAAAUGAAGAGGAGGAGAAUCAGGCUGAGGCCCAGGAAGAAGACUGUGACAGGAUUCACAGUGAGGAAGAGGGUGACGAUGAUGAUGAGGAGGAUGAUGAAGCUAAUUAUGAGUAUACUGAAAAAUUCACAGGCAGAGAUUUCACAUCAUGCUUCUUGAUCCCACUUAUCUUCCUGUCCCCUCAGCCCUCCCCUCAACCCAUGUAA